CCGAUCAUCUAUGAACUCCGUACAGUCUUGUCAAAAACGCCAUUAAAAUUACUCAAACUUAUAUUAUAUUAUGUACUUUAUUUUAUUUAUGUAAUCAUGUGUUUUAAUGUUCAAUUAGAUAAUUUUAUAGUGUUAUUAUUGUGUGCAAGUGAUUGCUAGUCGCAAAAUGUAAAUGUGUGCACUUAUUCAUAUGUUUCUUGAAGUAGUGUUAUUUGAGGUUAUGUUUCAUUAGAAAUAGGAAUACGUAUCGCGCCCGCCCGCUACCACGUGUGAGUGCCCUCACACACGCCAACUCUUUUCAAAAUUUAAAACGUGUUCAAAAUGGCUGGAAAGGAGAAGAAGCCGAAACUAAGUGAAUCCCCAUCCACCAAAUCUACAGAGACCCCGACCACUACACCGAAAGCUGGUGGCCGCAAAAGACGCACUGCCGUGAGUUCCUCUGUUCCCCCAGACGAAACUUCGAAUGCAUCUGAAAUGGAAUCAGUUCAGAGCACCGAAGAUGAUGUUGCUGAAGAGGCAAACAGUGGUAAUGCUGCAGUGUCUGAUGAAUCUCCAACGACAGGUGGUAAAAAGGGAAAAACUGCUGCAAAGAAUUCUACCGAAGAGAUAAAUGCCGACGAAGCUCCAAAUGAUGAAACCGCCAAAGGGACUAAAAAAGUAGCAAAGAAAGGGCCCGCGAAAAAGAAAUUGGGAUUAGUUAAAAAUUCAAUCGUUAUCGGUAAACGUAAGACUGCUUUGGGUGUAACUGUUAAAAGAGCUAAUAGGAGGAAAAGGAGACAUAGCGCGGGCGAAGACACAAAACCGAAGAUGUUGCGUAAUGGAAAGCCGAGAGCAGACAGUCCAAGUGCUAAGAAAAGACGACCCAGGUUAAUGAGCGCUACUGUAGCAGAGCCAGUUUCGGGUGUUAAGUCUUUGCCUCAACAAGCUGCUAAAAUUGAAGCACCAUCUUCGGACUCUGAAGUUUCUAGGCGACGCAGACGAUCCGAUUCUUUAUCUAAAUGCUCUGACACAACAAUACAAGUAGUUUUUGUGACCAGUUCUUGGUACAAAAAUCACCAAAUAAAAUUACUGCCAAUGUUGAAAAUAAUAAUGAUACGAAUGCAGAUACAGAUUCCAAAAUGCCCGACAAAACUGAAAAUUCUGGACAAAAUGUCACAAAAUUUUAAUACUGAAACCCCUAAUGAUGCUCAAGUAAUUGACACAGCGAAGUUUGUAAGGAGAAGUACCCGACAACGAAGGAGUGUUGUCACACCUACGCCACCUCUUAUACAAAUUAAAAUCGAACCUAAGGAGGAAGAACAUUUAGUCAUAAAUCCGAUGGAAAUACCACUGGAUGAAGUGUCGCUGUUGGCUGAUCCUUCUCCUCCUAUUUUAAUUAAAGCGGAUUCUGUCAGUCCCGAGCCUGCUCCAGAAAAUCCGACACAAAGGGCCAUGCACGUAAAACAGUUUUACGGUCAACCUGCGUUUAUGGAAAACAAUGUUGGAAUUGAAAGUGAUCCUAGUUUAGGUGAAAUAAUUACCCAGGCCCCUGUUUUAGAUAAAGAAAUGCCUUUAGUAACAACUGCUUCUGAUUUGGUUAGCGAAAACUUGAAAGAUGACACUGUCGCCGACAUAGUUGAAGCGUCUAUGGAAAUCGAUGAAGCGAAAGCAUACGAUAGUAAUACCAGUGUGGAUGUUGAAACAAUUAAAGACUUGGUUCAAACUCCUAUGUUGACUUCAUCUCAAGAGCCUAUGCUAAUAUCUCAGACCGUUGAUACUGAAAGUGAUGUAGACGUGGAACGAUUAGAUGACUUUGGUCCUGGAGAUAUCUCUAUGGAAGAUAACUUAACGCCUAGCAUUUCACAAGUAUCUCAAGCAAAAUCAGAUCAAGAUUUAUUUCAAUCCACUGUUACAAGCGAUAAUUUAAGCUUAGCAGAGAAUAUUAAAAAAUUAGAAGUCAUUGAAGAAUUGCAGCCUCCCAUUCUGGUUGCUGAAGAAGGAACUCCUACUGACAAAAGGGAAGAAGUGAAAGAAAACUUGAGACCUAAUGAGAAGACUGAAGAUGUCAAAACCACUGAUGUCAAAAACAUAGAUAUGAAAAAGUCUGAAACACCUCCACCUGUAUUGGUAUCUCUUAUGGACGAAAGCCCUGAAACUUUAUUGCAGAAAGAAAGCGUGAUGAACGCUUUGGGCCUUUUAACCCUGCAAGCAGCUGACGCCGCUAAGCAGGAGCGUAAAAAACAGAAGGAACAGAGAUUAUUGAGUCAACAACAUCGUGGCUCUGCUUAUACGGGAACUUUAAAGACUGUGAUUAAAAUAAAUCGAGGAGGUGCCACUGGUUCCAAUGGAAGUGAUAAAAGGCGCUCUCGUUGCGGUUUGAAAAUGACUUUCCAGAAGGGUGGCGGCCGAGGCGGCGCUGGGGGCAAACAUAGAGGCAGCGAUGCGACUUUGAAAGAUAAUACGGGCGACAAUACGGAUGGCGAUGGCAUGUACUACACUAUUCAGAACGAGGUGAUGUCCAGCAGUGGCCGCGGCGGCCGGCACUACGCCGAAUCCGGGUUCCGGGAGUCCGCGAGCGACGGCGGCGCCUCUCACAGUUCCGUGUCUGGCAAUGGGGGCUCACAGGGGGCGACAACCACCGGCGACGGAUUUCAUCACAAUACAAGUGCGAAUCGCAAGUCACUUUCUCGUCUCUACUCAACUAGUACAACGUACCAACAACAAUCGAACACCGGUUUGUCUUGCUGGACGGGGGGUGGCGAUGCUCACAGUUUCAACCACAAUUCUGCUGCAUCUGGAAGUGCAUCGCUCAAUUCAUCAGGAUCGGGUGCUCCAGCCGACGCAACUGCAGCCGCCUUAGUCAUACCAGAGAAAGCGUCUUCAUUUAGUAUUCAUCCUGGUCGUCUGUGCAGGGAUCAAUGUCAUUACUGUGGAGGAAAAUUCGGUUUAUUUGAUACGCCCUGCCAUGUUGCCCAAAUCAAAAGUUUGGAUAGACAGAAACGGAUAUUGGAAAUGGAAGAGAAGCUGACUGUGGAUAACUGUCUCUGCGACGCAUGCUACCGACACGUAGAUAGGCGUGCCAACUGUCCUUCGUAUCGAAAACGCCUCAGCAAUAGUAAUAACGGAAAUGCGCAUCAGGCUACUUUCGAGGAUAGAUGCCGUGUCGUCGGAUGCCGGGAAGACGCCACGAAUACUUUGAGACGGAAAUGGUUGCUGAAAAUGAAGAAAAAUGUUGAAAAAAUUAAUAUGACGUCGCAGCACGGAAACAUUCACCUGUGCACGUUGCACUACGACGCCGUCUCCCACCUGCUCGUCUGCGCGCUCUGCAAGCGUCGCCUGGCGCGUAACCAUGCCCACUAUUUGGCCGCAGCCGAAUCGUCCCGCGCCUCUGAUCUGCUUCGAGCUCAGGGAAUCCCACAUCUUGGCCUGGAUGCGGGCCAGGGUGGAUCCAGCGCGGUUUGUAAGCUGUGCCGAUAUUACGUGGGUUUGUUAUUUAAAGCUGAUGCUGAAGGAGGAAGAACGUCCAAGGCUGCGUUUAUCAAGAGUUACAGACGACGAUAUGGUUGUGUUCAUAAUUCACAAGUUUAUAGUUAUGAGUCUGAUACUGAGGAUCCGUUAAUUCAGCAAUUUGCACCAGAAGAAACAAGCGUGUUAGGAAACAAGAAAGCCAAAACUGCCAAAACAAAUGUAAAGAAGUCUAGAAAAUCUACGGAAUCUACUACCGAUAUUCAAACUGAGAAUUAUGACUCGAUUGAUAAUGAAAAUAAACAAACUGAUGCAGAAGACAUAGAGAAUAUAAUUUCUAAAAACACUAUACAUAUCAACAGAAAUUCAGAUCUGACUACGAAUCAAUCAAAACAGCAAAAAUUAAAUGAAAUAACUUCACAGAAGCCAGGGCAAAGUGUACUACUAUCUAACUUAUCUAACUCUAUGCAUAAAAAAAUUAGGUUGGAUGAGAUUUUAUCACAGCAACAAGAAUCAGAGCAAUUGAAAGCAGAAAAGGUUCAACAACUUAGGUCGAAUCCAUCACUUUCUGUGAGAGAAUUGUUCCCAGGAGAAGAAGAAAUGGGAUUACAUGCAAAUAUUCCUCUUAAUAGAGGUGGUCCUCGAACUCCUGAAGGUUGGACAAAGUGCACAACCACGAUACAGUAUGAUGAAGAGACUAGGAGACUAUGGAAUCAUCUACAAGAACCAUAUGGAAACCAAUCUAGCUUUUUACGUCAUUUAAUUUUAUUAGAGAAAUAUUUUCGCUCUGGGGAUUUAGUGUUAUCUCAAAAUGCCACAUCUAGCGCGACUAAUUAUUCAGAAUCUGUACAAAGUCGAUUAAGGUCUUUUGAUCAUAUUCCAACAACAGUAAAUUCUGAAAUGCCUACCGGAUAUAAUAAGAAAAGUAUAGGAUCAAUGCAAAUUGGAAAUAUGGUAUCACUUGCAAAAUCAUCGAGCGCUUUUGUAAAGCCUGUGAAGAAAGGUCAAGAAACAAGUCAUAAUAGUGCGGCUCCUAUUAGUGCUUUGAAACGCUCAAGUUUGCCUUCGACCUCAAUUGAAUCACCAGUAACAGUUGCGUUAAAAAUUUCUGGAAAUUCAACCACAAAUGUUAGUAGCAAUAGUGCGCCUACGACAGAUACUAGUCCUGCCUUCGUGUCUGCUAGUUUAGCAAUACAGGCUGCAGCAGCUGUGACUUCAGUUCCAACUGCUUCUUCAACUACAUCAACAUCCCAAUAUGCUGGUACAUCUGGCAGUUCCUUGACUGUUGUUCCAGUAACAGGAUCUUCAACAACUUCUCCUGAUGCUCCUGCAUCUAAAGAACCGUCACCAACUCCUGCAAGUACUCAAACGCCGACGCCAGCAACAACCACGUUGUCUGCAGCAGAACCAAUUAAAAAAACCGGUUCAGCAGUGAAGCCAUGGAGGCCCACAUUGAUUCCAAUUGACCCUAAUAGUGAGCCUCCGAAUCCAGGGCAAUUGUUCCAAACAGUUGAUGGUCGGAGAUUACCUAGUCUUGUCCAAGUGAUGUCUGGUGGUAAACCAUACCACAUUUCCAUUCAGGAUUAUAAUAGAAUGUGCAUUUUGCGCCGACAAAAAGUUGUGCAAAUGCAGAAAACUCAGCUAAUACAAAAAAUAAAAGAUGCUCAAAAAACUGACAAAAAUCCAACAGAGGCAAAAAAUUCAGUUGUAUCAGUAAAUAAAAAGAAAGUUGUGGAUAUACCAAACAAAGUUUUAGAACAGAAUUCUGUGAUACCCAUACGUGGAGCUGAAUCUACAAAAACAAAAAAAACUGUAAAUAAUGCUACAGCAAUACUGAAAAAUUUACCACAGAUUAGUAAAAACUUGACAGUAGCUCGAACAACAACAGCUGUUACAAAUACUUCUAUCAGUAAUACAGCAACAAUUACAAAAUCAGAUGCUGUUUCAAUAGCUUCUGAAGAAGGUUACUGGUCAUGGGAAAGUAUAAAAAAGCAAAAGAUGUCGGAUGAAGAUAGCAAAUCCCAAAUGGAAACUAUGCUUUCAAAAAUUCCCAAAUCUCUAACAGUGAUACCACAGAAAGCUGUAAACCGCACCAAUUCUAUCAGCCCUAAUUCUGUUCCAACUAAUACUAGUUUGCUUAAAAAUCAAAUUGACAAGAUUCCUUAAGUGCCUAAAGACAAUUUGUGUGCUCGACAUAAAAAAUGAACUGACAAACACUAGACUGUAUUAUAAUGUAUAUAAAUAUAUAGAAUCAUAUUUUUUGUGAGAUUAGUUUCGUAAGUAUAAUAUAGAAAACUUAUAACAUAUUGUUUGUUGACUUAAUAUUUUGAUUUAUAUUUAUAGUGCCUCUAAAAUUGUUCAUUAUAUUGCACAAUCGAAUCAUUUAAUGUUAUUAGAAGUUCAAAAAUUGUUAUCAAGACUGCAAUCUUAAAAUUUUAUGAAAUUACGUAUGAAAUGAUUAAGCCAAGUAAGCAUUCAAUUAUUAGCCCUUUCCUUACAUGCUGUGCCUUUAAAAAAAUAUCUAUUUUCCCAAUAAUGUUAGUAUUUGAGAAUGUAUUUAUAUCCCUCGGUCGAUCAGUCAGCAUGCAUUGCCCUUAUAAUAACAUAAUUUAAUUUUAGAAAGAAUUAUGUUCAUAUUUCCAAAGAAAUAGUUUUUAUUAUGUAGACAUAUUUGCAAUA